AUGGCUAAGAGCUCGAGGAACGACCAACCCGAAGAAAGCAUCAUUGUUGCGGCUGAACAGGGCCGACUGGAUCUUGUUACAAACCUCUUAGAGAGCGGUGCUGACCCAAAUACCGUGGACGAUAUUGGAACUUCGGCUCUUCAUAAUGCAGCAAAAGAAGGUCAUUGGCAUAUUGCCCGCUUGCUUCUCGAGAAGAAUGCUUCACCUCGCAUCCUGGAUGGCCACAACGUAACGCCACUCCAUCGGGCUAUAAAAGCAGGUCACACACAGAUCGUUCGUUUGAUCCUUGACUGCGAUCCUACUAUAUGCGAAUCGGUUGUCGACCCAACUAAACUCCUUUGCAUCGCAGCAAACUGUGGAUACUCUGAAAUCACUCAGAUCCUUCUGGCUUAUAAUAUCCCCUCUCUAGACAAAUCUCCAGGAAUCACAGCGCUGCAUUGUGCGGCUAAAUAUUACACUGGAGCAACACCUUUCCUUUACGCCUUCGAGAAGAGACAUCAUCGGACCGUGGAAGUGUUUUUACGGCAUUAUCCAGAUCUAACCAAGGCAUAUGAUCAACACAAGGUACUGCUCUUCCACGAAGCGGUUAGGACUCUAAAUAUUGAGAUGACCAGAAUAUUUUUGGACAAUGGCGCGGAUAUCGAAAUGGAAAACCGCAAGGGAAGCAGACCCCUACACGUGGUAGUCACUGCCAGCCUUAAUUAUUCUCAUUAUUCAGAAAAUUAUUUGAAUGAGAUUAUCGAGAUGAUUCAGUUCUUACUGGCGCGUGGUGCUGCGGUCGAUGUCAAGGACAAGGAUGGCUACACUCCUGAAUUUCAUGCUCGAGAUCCGAAGAUCAGAAUGUUAUUGCGCAACCAUGAAGCGUCAGGAGGCGAUCGAAAGCUAACAUUACCGCAAACAUCAGCUCCGCCGCCUGAAUAUAAGGAGUGA